AUGGCAAAGCCUAGAAAAAUCCGAGAUACCUUGUUCCGGAAGGCUUUUGAAUUCUGCCAGGAGUGUAAUGCAGACGUCUCACUCAUGGUUUGGUUGAAAGAGAAUAGUCAGAUUUACAUAUUCAACUCGGAUAGCAGAUGGCUCCCUUUGCAGGAAGGCUUGGGUUAUACUAAUGGCUGCAAGUCUUUGCACUAUCCUGUACCUUUAAGGAUAACGUGGCAAGAGUUGGCCGCUGCCUAUCAAGCCUGAACACAAUCUAUUGAGUGUAAUGGAAGAGCUCACUACAAGAUGUAUCUAUGUUUAUUGGCUUUGGUUGCUGAGAUAUCGCAAACUAGGAAGACUAUAUAGUACCUUCCUA